AGCAUCAGUAGCACAGAGCCAGCCUCCAACCACACUACGCUGUUCCUGUUUGCUCUGUGGGGUUUUUCUAAGGUAGGGAAGCUAAAAUACGCACAAGGACAGCAAACAAACAGAACCAAAACAAAGCGCGCCGUCUUUCUCCGGGGGUUCGUCUGUCUUCCGUGCAGGAGUAUUUCUCUCUCGCGCUGAUUCGCCUGGAAGGAGGACACACAGAGCAGGAUGUCAGCCAGAGGAGGCAAGAAGAAGGCCACCAAGCUGUCCCGCUCAGCCAGGGCAGGAGUCAUCUUCCCUGUGGGAAGGAUGAUGAGGUACCUGCGCAUCGGCACACACAAAUACCGGAUUGGCAUGGGGGCACCGGUCUACAUGGCAGCAGUCAUCGAGUACCUGGCAGCUGAGAUCUUGGAGUUGGCAGGAAACGCAGCUCGGGACAACAAGAAAGGCAGAAUAACUCCCCGGCACAUUAAGCUCGCUGUGGCCAAUGAUGAGGAGCUCAACCAGCUUCUGCGGGGGGUGACCAUAUCAAAUGGAGGAGUUCUGCCUCGGAUCCACCCGGAGCUGCUCUCAAAGAAGAGGGGAGGCCGGGUGAAAGUGGACAGCCCGGCGGCGUCCGUCCCUGAGAAGCAGGAAGAACGGCCAAAGAGCAAGAAACCCAUCAAAUCCUUCAAAAAGGUUAAAGGCAAACGAGGCCGCAAGCCAAAGAGCACAGACAACGAGUCUGUACCAAACUCCACAGUGGAAGACGGUCCCGGAGAUGGAUUCACCAUCCUGUCAGCAAAGAGCCUGUUCCUUGGACAAAAGCUUUCACUCACAGAGAGUGAAAUCAGUAAAAUUGGAACAAUCAAAGUGGAGGGCAUAAUUAAUCCCACAAAUGCAGAGAUGGAUCUGAAAGACGGAGUGGGCACCGCCCUGGAGAAAGCUGGAGGCCGAGAGUUCCUGGAAGGAGUCAAAGAGCUGCGGAAAGGACAGGGGCCUCUGGAGGUGGCAUCAGUGGCAGUGAGCCAGGCCAGUGGGAUGGCAGCCCGCUUCAUCAUCCACUGUAACGUCCCUCAGUGGGGUUCAGAGAAGUGUGAGGACCAGCUGGAGAAGACGGUGAAGAACUGCCUCUCAGCAGCAGAGGAGAAGAAGCUCAAGUCUGUGGCUUUCCCUUCACUUCCUGCUGGACGGAACGGAUUCCCAAAACAAAUGGCCGCCCAGCUCAUCCUCAAGGCCAUCUCCAACCAUUUUGUGUCGUCCACCAGCUCCUCACUGAAAAACAUUUACUUUGUUCUGUUUGACAGUGAGAGCAUUGGAAUAUACCUUCAGGAAAUGGCCAAGCUGGAUGCCAAGUGAGGAUCGUUGUUUUCGGGAUUUGUUUUUCUAACUGUUGUUUGUUGCAGGUGGUGUAGAUAGGUGAUAUGACAGCAGGGAGUUUGAUGUGGAAUCCGUCUUGGUUAAAGAGGAAAAAAAACAUGUGUGAGUGGAGUGCUGUUCACAAUUCUGUUCCACUGUUCCUUCAAGAGAUUGCAUUCUUUAUAGAUUAGAUCAUUUAAAUCCGUAGAGUUUGUUUGUUUCAAUAAUGUUUUUACAUUCUAUGUACAAAUAUAACAGUUUUCCUGGCCUCUGUAGUUUCUUAUACGGUUAGUUUACUAAAAAAACUGUGGUUCUCAUUCUGCUUUGAAAUAAAACUGAGAUGUUUUACACCAGA